CACGACAGCGGCAUUGGCAUCGCACUCCGUAUGCUAUAGAGGUUAUAAACGCACGUUCUAGUCUUAAAUAUACUCUUAUAAUUUAAUUCUACUGUGUUAGUAGAUAAUUAUUACAAAAAAGUGUUAAUAAUGGCCCCAGUGAACCUUAUUGAAGUGAAUUCUGAUGGUUUUAAGCAGUUUUUGGACUCGUUUGAUCAUGUGUUCUCGGAUUGUGACGGUGUAUUAUGGCUAUCGCAAGCAUUACCUGGAGUUGGAGAAUUUUUCAGACUAAUGAAAGAAAAUGGAAAAACAGUACAUUUUGUUUCCAAUAAUAGUAUACGAUCCAAAGAAAACUAUACAACUUUGUUCGAUCAAGCUGGAAUCCCAGGUGGCUUUGAAAAGCUGACAACUCCCUCAGUAGCCAUGGUUGAAUAUCUCAAGUCAGUUAAUUUCGACAAGAACGUAUUUUGUUUAACAUGUCCGGAAACGAAAAGGAUGUUUGAAUCGUACGGAUUCAAAACUAAAUAUGGACCAGAUGUCGUCCACGAUAACUUCGGCGACUUCUCCGAGUACCUUAUCGACGACGCCGACAUCGGGGCCGUGGCGUUUGACAGCGACUACAAAGUGAAUCUGGCCAAGAUGUACAAAGCCGCGACGUAUCUUAAGAGGCCUGAAGUGCUCUUUAUGAAUGGACCGACGGAUAAAUACGUGCCGUUCAAAGGACAAAUGGCAGCAGGUGUAUCAUUCGCCGCCGAAUUGGUGUCGGAAUUAGUCAAAAGGAAACCUAUCGGACUGGGAAAGCCGUCACAGGACUUCGGAGUAUUCGCGAUGCGACGGGCGUUUGUGACUGACCCUAGUAGAGUGCUGUUUAUCGGAGACAUGAUCGAACAAGACGUGGGCCUAGGAAAGAACACAGGCUUCAAAACAUUGCUGGUUCUAACUCACCACACCGAAGAAGAAAUGAUGGCGGAACCUGCCGCCCGCCAACCAGAUUUCUUUGCACCGUCUUUAGGAAGUAUAGUACCUAAGUUUACGGAAUAAGUGAGACUAGCAGCGGGACUUUUUGGGUUAAAAUAUGGAAGAUUCCUUUGGUUGAAUUAGCAAAAAAGUUGUACAAAACGUUGUGUUGUUGUUGUUAAUUAGUCUUGAUUCCAUUGUGUUAGAAAAAUUAACUAAAUAUGUAAAUUGUAUUGGAUUGUAUUUAUUGUACUUAAAUCAUACACAUAUAAGUCUAUAGCAUACGCUAACAAACUUUCAUGCAUAUAACUUAAAUAUAGAAACGGCUUAAUUGUCGUAACACAAUGGAAUCAAUGAACUACAGACUAAUUACAGGUCUUUAACUAGGUAAGUAUUUUUUUUUGCUUUUCACCCAUUUUUCUUUGAGCCAGUAAUAAAGGUCUCAGAACUGGCCUUACGGGCAAUAAGAAUGGGGCAUGAAUGGGGCCAGUACAGCGCUGUGACACCGCUACAACGCGAUCGGUUGAUGAGUUCGCAUCACGCGUGCGAUUAGUCGCAACUAGUUGCGUUACACUGCACGAUUGGCUCGUAUUCGUGAGUGACACCGCUGAACCCAGCUACACUGUCGUCCUCAAAAUGACGACCAUUGACCUCUCCACGCGGUGGGGAGCGACCCGCCACAGCCGUCGCAGCCGAGCGGGCACGGCCGCUCAUACCUCUCUAAAUGAGAGGUAUCGAAUGAUGUACAAGCAACCGCUGAACUAGUACCAUUUUUAGUGCCCGUAAGGACCGUCCUGAGAUGUAUAUCUCCGUAUACGUAUCCGUACGUAUGUCAAUGGGUAUUUCAUAGGGAUGUACCGACUAGUCGGGAUAGCCCACUAUCCGGCCACAUUUGUAGUCGGCAAAAAUGGCCGAAUAGUCGUCACUUUAUUAGUGAAAGAAAAACAGAAAAUAGAAAUCAACAGUCAAUAUUUACCAUAUGUUUUAUGUCUAUUUUACCAAAAUACCUAUUCAGGGUGCAUACGAAAACUUUUGUUCAUAGAAUUGAUCGUUUGAUCGUUACCGUAGCAGUGGUGGGCUGGUGUUUGCCUCUACAGGUCGAUCUCAACUGAUUAUCGUGUAAUUUCAUGGCCAAGUUCUAUAGUUAAAUGAUUUUAUUAUUAUUCCGUAUUUGUUUUUUUUUUAAUGGUGGAGACAUGGGGAACUAUUUAUGUUAUUGGAAAAUUUAGAGACUUAUAAACAGGGCACGUUGCUCGUAAAGUCGCUGACCACAGGGGAUAGGUUCUUAACUGGCGACUACGUACGGGAAAUAGAGCCUUGGAAAUACCUCCUACAAGUUGUACUGACGGUCUGCUCAGGAUCGCAAAAUAAAAGAAAGCCAGAAAUUGAACGAGGAUUCUUGUGAUAGGUCUUUGAAGAGAUAGAGAAUACCUUUUAGACAAGCUAAUAUGAUGAAUAGCUCAACCAAAAGAGCAAAACUAUUGUUUUUCACCUGAACUUAUACGAAACUAAUGAUCUCGCCGACUAGCCGACUAGUCGGCCGACUAAUCGGCCAUUCGAGCGCCGAUUAGUCGGGUAGUCAGCUAGUCGGCCAAAUCAAUAGUCGGUACAUCACUAGUAUUUCAUUUAAUUUGCUUCAUUUUGGAAUAAUGAUCGUUACUCUCGUGUAUACCCCAGUGCAUUUAUGUUAGUUUAAGUUAGUCAUGAGCCAAGACUCACUACAAAAGUAAUAAAUAGGUACCGAUGUAAAUCUCGUACCUUAAGUACCGAAUGAGAAACAGAUACGAGGUUUUGAGGAGUAUUCUUGUUAUUGAAUUUUGGUUGAUAAUUGACAUACAUACAUGACGUUUAAUUUUUGUGAUUAGGUACCAACUGUUUUAUUUAUUUUUUAUUUGAUUUUGUAUCUUAGUAUAUAGAUAUGAUAUUUUAAUAAAGACAUUAAAAUUGUAUUUUUAAAAUUUUAGUUAGCUAAUCCAUCCCAUUAAUCAUAUAUACUAAUAUUACAUCAUUUCAGGUACUAUAGGUAUAAAAUAUAUUAUUCUUUUAACGCAAUGUUUUUAAAGUAGGGUAUUUUUGUGAUGUGAUGAACUGAUGAACUGAUGAAUGUGUAACAUACCAUGUUAUGUAUAUUAGUCGUGUAUUUAGAAUGUUUUUCGAUACUUAAUUAUUGCAAUAAGUUAUUUACAGUAGGUACAUAAUGGUGCUACUUUUAUAGUCCCAUAUAGGAUGUGGCCUGUAAUAUGAGCAAAAAAUUUAACCAUAGGCUGUACUCCUCAUACUGACCAACAUUUGUUGAGCAACUUUUAAAAAUAAUUUGUGGUUUGAUUUUUAAUACACUUUAAAAUUUAUUGUAAGACGCAAUGUAUUGCGAAUUUUGUUAUGUUUAAGGCUUGACAAGCAACGUUAAUCACAAAUGAUAUGGCAUGGCGAUGGCGUCCAUUGAAGAUAAUAUUUAUUUUGUAUGAAAAAUAGGAAGACUAAAUACUUCAUAAUUUUUAAAAGUUGUUGAACAAAAGUGUCACCGUUUGAGGAGUACAAUCUAUGUUUUAAUUAUUUGCUCAUGUUACAGGCCACACCCGGUAUGUCCUGUAAAACGUUGUACCUACAAUACACGUGUGAAAUGGUCGUGUUUGUGUCGUGGUUCGGUCAUGUUUCAAUGUAUCGCCACUCGUUGCGAAUCUCCUACUUUUCACACUUGUAUCGUAAUGUACUAAAAUAAAUAAAGUAUUGUAAGCUUCUCUAUUUAUUUCGAAUCACAUUACGUUUUAGUAAAUAUUGA